AUGAUAUUCGUGCUCACAAUCUUAUCCGUAUGGGACAAAACUGGAAUUUGUGAUCUGGCAGAUGGAUUGCAUGCAGCAGGACUUACUCUUGUGGCAUCUGGUGGUACUGCCGUCACACUGAGAGAUCACGGACUGCAUGUGAAAGAUGUAUCCGAAAUCACCAACUUCAAUGAAAUGCUUGGCGGGCGUGUGAAGACAUUGCAUCCAGCAGUCCACGGUGGAAUCCUAGCCAGGGAGACGACAGAGGAUCGCCGUGAAAUGGAGGCAAGCGCUUUUAGCCUUCUGUAUAGUCGCGUGAAUUUGGCAAGCCAGCUCAGCUGGAACGCUAUUCCUCACUACCUUGUCUUCCGGUGGUAA